ACGUGUGUUUUGUUAUUACCGUCAUAACGUUUAUUUGUAUCGAGUCGUUUUUGGUGCAUGCAUUUCAAAUCUGAUGGCUUUCAGGUUUAAUUUUAAUCAAGACGACAGUGGCAUAGCCGAGGAAGUCAAUGGAGGAGUUGUCCCUGUGCUGGAGAAAAAGGCUGAAAUGUUGGCAGUUGCUGAGGCAGUGGAACUCGAGUAUGAAGAAGAAAAGUUACAGUUAGAAGACGUUGCUAUGGAAACACUGACAACAUCAGAGGGGGAGGAGGUGAAAUAUUGCAGUGCUGAAGAUAUACAAGACAGGCUGAAUCAGGAGAAAACAGACUCAGUCAUUGUUAGGGCUAAUUCAUCUAAUUCUGAUCUUAUUCCACAUGUAUAUGAAGGUGGCCUCAAGGUAUGGGAGUGUUCUGUGGACUUGACACACUACCUGUCUGGCUUAAAACUGGCAUUUAGAGGAUUGAAAGUUCUAGAGCUUGGCUGUGGGGCAGGGCUGCCUGGUUUGUAUACAUACUGUCAGGGGGCACUUGUAGACUUCCAAGAUUAUAAUAAAGAGGUUCUUCAGUAUGUGACCAUGUGCAAUGUUUUCCUCAACACUCCACCAGACCAUGGAGAGUGGUGCAGAGAAAGAUGCGGCUAUUACGCUGGGGACUGGAGCAUGGUGCUACAACUGCUGAACUCACGAAAUAAAAAAUACGACUUGAUCCUGACAUCAGAGACUAUCUACAGUCUGGAGUCCCAACAAAGCUUGCUGAGCUGUCUGCAGGAGCUGAUAAAAGAUGAUGGUGACAUAUAUGUAGCUGCUAAAACAUGUUAUUUUGGAGUUGGUGGGAGCACACAGAAUUUCCAAGACUUGGUCUCCAAAAAUGCCGUACUUGAUGUUGAGGUGGUGAAGACUUUCACUGAUGAAUAACAACCUGUCAACGUAGUGUGCAUCUUGAUAGUCCGAAGGCUAUUUAAUCCGAGGCUUUAUCGGUCCCAGAACGACGAAAUACUGGUAAGCAUUCCUGCUUUCGUUUAGCUAUUGCAACAUUAACUGAAGUUCAGACGAAAAAUAUCUCUGAACAAGUACUCUGUAUACACCUUCGGACCAAAGUAACUGCGGGUUAUCGGGAUGCACGAAAAUACACAUUGAACUAAUUGUUGAACUGAUCGAGGCACUGUUAUGUUUUAUCUAAACCCAUUCUGAUUAUUUCAGGCGUACAAAGGGAAAUUCUCCAUCUGAAACCAAAGAAGAGGUCGUGACGAUUCGCCACAUCUGCAGAAUAACUACAAUUAAUGUAGUGUUUCUAUUGGCGUAAUGAUCACUUAAUGUGAAAAAGAAUGGCACACUUAAUGACAAUGAAGCGAUCUUUCGGGAUUUUUUAUCCCCAGAACUAUUUUGGUGUUUGUAUCAUAGUAUUAUAAAUUUUCAUAAUAAACCGGUCUAGUAACGUGGACGGCUCCAUAUCAAAAGGGCCGGUCGCUUCAUUUUCACAGUUAUUAAUUAAGUCAAGUAAAACCGUAAUACACAUGUAUUACAAAUAAAUUAUGCAGUGGUAAUAAACAAAACCUUGAUUAUAUAAACAUUCACUUGUUCGUUUUCUUUGUUUUUGUUUGUAUACAUGAUAAACUUGUUUAUAUGAGUGAAAAACAUGCCACUGUAGCUAAAAAUACCGUAUAUAUACUCUUGAUGACAUUCCUAUAUAUAUAUAUUUGUGCUAAAAAACGGUGCCAAUUUGUCAUCAUUUAUUCAGGUGAUCAAAUGUCGUAAAUUUCAGAUAGCUUUGAAGACCACGCAGAAGCCGGGAUAUUACAUACCAGCUUGUGCCUAACCUUAAUUUUAAUUAGUUGAACAAUUUCAACUCUUAUCUCAGUACAGUGUGCGUACUGAAACCAAAUACUGCGUUACAACAUAUUCACGCGUCUAAGCACACUUCUUCGAAUAUAAUUUUCCAUCAAUAACAUAUCUAAACCCUGAAAAAAUAAGGCUUUUGACAGAGGCACAAAAGGUGUAGCAUGGUAGUGUUAUUUUUAAGAUUGGAACCAAGUGAACAGCUUUUUGAGCCCCGAGUUUCAGUAAUUGCUGAAAACCAAGCUAGAUCAUCAACAUACUCGUGGCGUCUCCACUGAUGGGGAGUGAGUGUUAGGGAGAACCAUAAUAUCGUCUGCACAGGGCGUGCAUGCAUGUCUGAUGACGUCACGUCUCUUUGUGCUACCUUAGUUAAUUGGUUUUUAUUUCCUUUUCUAAUGUCCUUCUGCGGAACAUGUGGAUAAAUGACG